UUCAGAGCACUUUUUAGAAAACUUCCACGUUAAAUACAUAUUAUUCAGUAUAAGUGAAUAACUUUUGUAUAAAACGUGUUUUAGUAUUACAGGAAUUGUUGUCUAUCUAGAUUUUCUAGUUGAUAGUUACAGGUGGAUAAGUAUUUGAAAUAUUUGCGUACUUGUUUCAUGGCACUGACAACAUCCGACGAAGAUUUUUUUCGCAUGAUUCGUGAAGAAAUCAAAAAUAAAACGGCAAAGAUGCUUAAGGACACUGAACCAUCCACGGAUCCUCCUCUGGAGGAAAAUGAAGGUCCUCCCGGUCCGUCAGCGACCGAUGCUAGUGAGAUUGAUGGUGGGUUUGAGUUUGUUCCACUGACACCGGCUAAACCAGUUGAUGCGAGAAAGAAAAAUCAGGAAAGCGUAAAGUCUCCGCCAAAGGCGGCUAAAAAAACGCCAAAAGCAUUGCAAAAAGAGAUAGCUAAAAAGCUUGUUAAGGUAAAAGAUUUACUGCAAGCCAAGAAAAUAGAGUGUCAAAAACUAGAUGGUUUGCAUGGUGAAAAUGCACCAAAGCCAAAUCCUGAUAGUGCAAAACAGAAAGACGAUUCGGAGGACGAGAGUGAAAUUACAGAUUCCAAUCACACGAUAGAAUCCUGUAAGGGUUCUGACACCCAGCAAAAGCCUAAAGUUAAUCCAGCGAUUCAAAGGGAAUUUGAUACUGACAAAGAAGCAAUACUGGCGAAAGUACAGGAUGUUAAGCAUAAAAUGCGACAACUAAAUUUAUACUCCCCGCCCCCCGAAUUAAGUACCUUGGGUGGUCCCACCAAAACAAGUGUAAGCACUUCUACUGUAUCUAGUACCUCGGGCAGCACAGGGUCUAAAAAACAAAAGACUUCAGGAAUAACUGAAAAUGCAAUUAAAAAAAGUGAUAGCACACCCACCGUGUCGGGUGUAUCCGCUAGCACAGGAUCAAAGAAGCAAAAAGCAGCGUCCAAAGCUUCUGGACAAUCGCAAAGUUCUAAGAAACUAGUGACGACCGUGUUCAAACUGCCAUCGGCGGAAGAUUUGCUACUGCUGACGUUGCUUCCGCUCAGUUCUCAACAAAGAGAUGAUUACAUUGAAAAAAUUGGAAAGGAACGAUCGUUCUUGGUUCCAGGAAAGAAGAAAAAGGGGUCUAUGGAAAUCGAUCCAAUGUGGGUACCGUUAGCCAACGAGUUGAAAUCUCGUGCUCUGACCCACGCCUACGGGCGCCAGUGGAAGGAAUAUCAGUCGGAGGACGGCAUCAGUCGGCCGUUCCUGGCCGUUUCAAACUUGGAAAAGGUUCAGGAUGCAAAAAAGAUUCGCCAACCACGCAUUUUCGAGGACGAGGUAUCCUAUUUGUUAAACAACGGGAAAACAACCGAGAAGAAAGACUACAAACAGGAGUUAACACUGGAGAAUGUGUCGAAGGCGGAGCACAAUGGUUUUCUAACCGAGCAGAACAAAACCGCGCUAAAUCAACUGGUCGAGCGGUUGGUUGUCGAAGGUGUUGGAUAUGUUGUCGAGGGAGUCCUGCGGGUAAAUGGGACCAACAAUGCGCAGGCUUUUGUGGAUGAUCAUACCCGAGAGGCGGAUGUGUUCAUCAAUUCUAUUUUGCUACGUAAGUGUGCUAUGGAUGGCGAUUUCGUGAAGGUGUUUGUGAAGCACGGUGAAGUUACGGACGUUUCUGAUAGUGCUAGUCUGCCCAGAAGUGUUGACGAGAUCGACGAUGGCGAUGGUCAGCUGAAAUUGAUUGCUCAACAAGAGAGACCCAAGAACAAUUGGGGCUUUGUGGUUGAAAUUUUGGAAAAGCGGCACAGCCGCUCGUGUGUCGGAUCAUUUAUACCGAGUGCGCAAGCUAACAACGAGUUCCUCAAGUUUGUCCCUAGAGAUUCGAGGAUACCCGUGAUGCGGGUAAACAAACAGAAUUGGCCAGAAGCUCUAUUCAAGAAAAAGUCGAAAGAUAUUGAAUCGGUGAUUUAUCAGGCGGAGAUUAUCGAAUGGAAGAACGAUAUUCCGAUUGGUACUAUUGUGAAAUCAAUUGGACUGUGCGGAGAAUUGGAAUCCGAGAAUCAAGCAAUAUUGAUCGAGUAUGAUUUGGAUGUUUCGCCGUAUUCCGAUGCUAUCAUCAAUAGUUUGCCUUCGUCGCCAUUUCUAAUACCAGAAGAGGAAAUAGCUAGAAGAGAGGAUUUGCGUGACGAGUGUGUAUUUACCAUCGAUCCUCUCACCGCUAGAGAUUUGGACGAUGCUCUCAGUUGUAAAAUGUUGAAAAAUGGCAAUUACUUGAUAGGAGUGCACAUAUCGGACGUGUCCUACUUUCUACAGGAAGGUUCAGAACUUGAUGAACUGGUCAAACUUAGAGCUACCUCGAUUUACAUGGUAGAUAACGUUUAUCAUAUGCUGCCGAAACCUCUGUGUUUCCUUUGCUCAUUACUGCCGGGUGAAGACAAAAUGGCCUUCUCUGUGUUUUGGGAAAUUACCCCCGAUGCAAAGGUUCUAAACACCCGAUUCGCUAGAACUGUGAUCAAUUCUUGUUGCCAACUUGCCUAUGAACAUGCACAGGUUAUGUUGGACAAACCGAACGAAAACCUCAAUUCGGACGAUUUUCCGAAAAUGUAUCACGGUUACACAGCCAACUAUUUGAGCCGAAUCGUAAAUUUACUGCAAUCGAUUGCCGUUCAGCUGAGAGCUCGUCGAAUGGAAAACGGCUGUUUAAGGAUCAACCAACCAAAACUGUCUUUCACCCUAGACCCCAGUAGUGGAAAACCGACCGCAUACAAUGUGUACGAGCUUCGAACAGCUAAUCAAAUGAUCGAAGAUUUCAUGCUUCUUGCAAAUGCAUCAGUAGCCGAACUCUGCUACUCAAAGUUUGCCGAUCUAGCGAUACUGCGAAACCACUAUUCGCCAUCAGAAGCUCAGAUGAAUGGCGUAGCUAAAGUGCUCGCAAAGCAUGGUCGCACGAUCCGAGUCGAAUCGUCAAAAUCAAUCGCCGAAUCGCUUGAAGCCAUCAUUGCCAGCUGUCCCCAACCAGACGCAGCUCGUGCGGUGUUGAAUGUUAUGCUCGCCAAGCCCAUGACCCGUGCACGCUAUUUUUGCUCGGCCUUUGCAUCACACGAGGAAGAUUUCUAUCAUUACGCACUAGCCAUUCCAAUGUAUACGCAUUUUACCAGUCCCAUUCGACGAUAUGCCGACUGCAUGGUUCAUCGAGUUCUGUCCGCAGCAUUAGAAUUGACUGAUCCACCUAGCCGAACGCCAGAGGAGCUGGGCAAACUUACUGGUAUCUGUAAUAUAAAGAAAUACAACGCUAAACUGGCGGGCGAUGCCAGUUCGCUUCUAUACUUUAGGCAUUAUCUGCAAAACGUUGGUAGCAUUGAAACUGAAGCAGCUGUUAUGGACAUCGCUCAACAUCACCUUGAGCUGGUGCUGAUAGAAACCGGACACGUGAUUAGGAUUAAUCAUAAGCGAUUGACUAAGUCACUCGACAUCAAGGUGACUGAGGUGUCCAACCAUACACGUCACUGUGUCUUCAUUCCGAGGGAUACAAAUAUUCCUUCGGCCAACAUUAGUCUAUUCUCUAAGGUGCGCGUUACGGUGGAAUUGGUGAAGAAUGUCAUCACAAUUACCAGCGUACUGCCUUUGGCAACUUCGACUACGGAGUUAUCAUCGGACGCGAUUGCUGGUGUAAGCAAGUGUCCGUUGGAAAGCAGCGAUCAGUAACCAUAUUUCGAGUAACAAUCUACUAUAUAUUUAAUUAUUUUUUGACAGUUUACAAUUAUGACAUCACUCGGUUCUUGCGAUUAACCCUUUUACGUAUACUUUUGUCGGUUGGCAACAUACCGAAUUAAAUGUUGUUUUAUUACUAAAUUUUACAUUGCAUUGAUUUUGUACGAUUUGUUACGAUUUUUGAACUCAGUUCACAAACCUUGAUAAAAUAAAAAUGAUGAAUUAUG